AUAUUUAUAAGGCAAUCGGUUUGUUUACACCAUGACAUGAAAUCAAGACCUCUCAGAGACUCUACAUAAAGCACGCAGCAGCAAGUGAUGUACAGAUAGAGGAGAAGAUCCACAUGUACCACAUUCAACGUAUAAUUAUUGAUAUCCUGUAGAAGGUGCAUAGUGGCAGCAGACAGUGUGACAAUGGCUGCUUCAAUGACAACAAAUGAUGACCUGGAGGACUUCAGUGCUUAUGCACACUUGUCUGAAGAACAGCUAUUGCAGUUAGCUAUUGAACGAAGUCUGGCUGAUACAAAUUUAACUCCACGGCAGAAUCGACAAGUGAAUGCCCACACGCAGUCAUGCAUGCCAUGCAACCCUAACUCGGCAAACCCUCCCAGUGAGAAUAGGUGUGAAAAAAUUGACAGAAAUGUUCACAAUCAUAUCUUCAGUAAAGACCAAGAAAAGGUGAUUGCCUGGACAAGGCACAAUGGACACCUGCGGGUCACAGUAGAGACUGUGAAUGAUUUAGACCCUUUUCUCUCGGCCAUUUGGAGAGGGGAUGCAAAAGCUCUACGAGACCUCAUUCAUUUCAAACCUAAAAAUCUUGAUGAACCCAAUAAAGAAGGCUGGUUACCGCUUCAUGAGUCUGCAUACUAUGGCCAUGUGGAUUGCAUUAAGAUUUUGCUCAAAGCCAAACCAGAUUCAAUCAACAAACAAACAAACAAAAGUCAGACUCCGCUCAUGCUGGCUGUGAAUCACAAACAUGUUUCUGGUGUCAAGCACCUCUUGGAGGAAGGAGCUGAUCCUAACCUUGCAAACCACCAGUUGGAGACACCACUGUACAAAGCAUGUGAGAAAGCUAAUGAAGAGAUAGUGGAGCUUCUUUUGAGAUUUGGAGCUUCACCAACCAAAGCCUGUGUUCAAGGUGGGACUCCGCUACAUGAAGCAGUGAGGAACAAAAAUGUAAAGAUCUGUAAGAUGCUGAUACAAGCAGGGGCAAAGCUGCGGGCCAGAAAUGUUUAUGGCAUUGACGCUGUGUUUACGGCUGCUCAGUGUAAUGCUUUUGAAGUGCUCAACUAUCUAAUAUAUAAAGGGGGUAAUGUAAAUACCCAGGCAAAUGAUGAUGCAACUGCAUUGUUUGAGGCCUCUAAGAAUGGUCAUGUUGAAGUUGUUGAGGCACUCUUGUCAAAACGAGCUGAUGUUAACAAAGCCAACAAAACUGGAUUACUUCCUAUUCAUAUUGCGGCAAAGAAUGGUCAUGACAGCAUUGUUGCCAUGCUAAUCCCCAAAACUAACAUGGUCAAAGUGAGACGCUCCGGCAUCAGUCCUCUUCAUUUGGCUGCAGAACGUAACAGAGAUGACGUUCUAGAAAUAUUAAUUGAGGCAGGAUAUGAUGUCAACACGAAGCUGUCAGAUGAUUGGUCAAAAAUGUAUGAAGAUCGUCGCAGUACGGCUCUGUACUCAGCUGUGAUAAACAGAAACACUGAGGCAGCCGAUAUGCUGUUAGAAGCAGGUGCUGAUACGAACCUGGAUAUCUUCAACCCCCUGCUGGUGGCUGUAAGGAAAGCAAGCAUGGAAAUGGUGACCUUACUGGUGAAGCACGGUGCUAAUGUCAAUGCCCUGUUGCCUACUCAUCCUACCAGCUUCCCUGCAGCAUUGGUUUUCUGUAUGAGGUACAAGGCGAUGAUGAAGUACCUGCUGGACAACGGCUGUGAUGCACUAUCAUGUUUUAAGUGUCAAUAUGGCAGUAAUCCACAUCCCAUUAAACCAAGACGAAAUGGACGAGAAACAAUGUAUUUUUUAAAUGAUGAACCAUCAGAAUGCUGUGUAGAGUUUUGUGAGCUCAUUUCUACUCCUUCAGUCAGAGGCUGGGCGGGACCCAUCAUAGACACAUUACUUGAUUAUGUGGGUCAUGUUAAAGUCUGUUCUCGAAUAACUGAAAUUCUAGACAGCAACAAAGAUUGGGCUUAUAUUAAAGAAAGAUCAGUUCUUCCUUGCACACUGAUGCAUCUGUGCAGACUGAAGAUUCGUCAACGACUGGGCAUCCACAGACUAUGGAAAAUCAAUGGUCUUCCUCUACCAGGAAGACUGCUCAAGUUUUUAAUUUAUGAACGAGAAUCAUUUGAAGAUAUCCUGUGAUGAACAGCAUGCCACUCUUAACCGUUUACAGAACAUGCUGCUUUAAAUUCUUUUGUUAUAGACAUAGUGUAAUAAAUUUUAGAUUUAAAAGUUUGAGAUCUGCAAAUCAUUUAGCAAAAUUAUUUUCUGUUCAAUUAUUCUCAAUACAUGUAAAUAAAAUAAUAUUCAAAUGUAUAUAGUAUACAUAGAGUAUAAAAUAUCAGAACUAGCACACAAGUAACAGCAGCAUGUGAAAUGCUGGCUUUCAGUUUUGCAAUAUGUAAUUUUAUUUACAUACAGUGGUGUGAAAAAGUGUUGGCCCCUUCCUGAUUUUUAAUUUUUUUUUUGCAUAUUUGUCACACUUAAAAGAUUCAGAUCAUCAAACAAAUUUUAAUAUUACACAAAGAUAAUGCAAGUAAAUACAAAAUGCAGUUUUUAAAUGAUGAUUUCAUUUAUUGAGGGAAAAAAGCUGUCCAAACCUACCUGGCCAUACGUGAAAAAUUAAUUGCCCCAUCCUAUUAAAUCAUGAAAGAACUGUGAUUAACCACAUUAUUUUAGAAAGCCGAGUUAAAUUUCACUAGCCACACUCAGGCCUGGUUACUGACAGACCUGUUGAAUCAAGAAAUCACUUAAAUAGAACCUGUCUGACAAAGUGAAGCAUGUUUAAAGAGCAACACAUUAUUCCGAUCUUAAGAAAUUCAUAAACAGAUGAGAAACAAAAUAGUUUACAUGUAUCAGUCUGGAAAGGGUUAUAAAGCCAUUUCUAAGGCUUUGGGACUCCAGCAAACCAUGGUCAGAGCCAUUAUCCACAAAUGGAAAAAACUUGGAACAGUGGUGAACCUUCCCAGGAGUGGCCGGCCUACCAAAAUUACUCCAAGAGCACAAAGACGACUCAUCCAGGAGGUCAUAAAAGAACCCAGAACAACAUCUAAAGAACUGCAGGCCUCACUUGCCUCAAUUAAGGUCAGUGUUCAUGAUUCAACAAUAAGAAAGAGACUGGGCAAAAACAGCAUCCAUGGGAGAGUUCCAAGGCAAAAGCCAUUGCUGACCAAAAAGAACACAAAGGCUCGUUUCACAUUUGCCAAAAAAUAUCUUGAUUAUCCCCAAGACUUUUGGGCAAAUAUUCUGUGGACUGAUGCGACAAAAGUUUAACUUUUUGGAAGGUGUGUGUCCCGUUACACCUGGCGUAAAACCAACACAGCAUUUCAUAAAAAGAACAUCAUACCGACAGUCAAACAUGGUGGUGGUAGUGUGCUGGUCUGAACCAUGGAUGACUUGCCAUAAUUGAUGGAACCAUGAAUUCUGCACUCUAUCAGAAAAUCCUGAAGGAGAAUGUCUGGCCAUGUGUUCGUGACCUCAAGCUCAAGUGCAUUUGGAUUAUGCAGCAGGACAAUGAUUCCAAACACAGCAGCAAGUCCACCUCUGAAUGUCUCAAGAUAAACAAAAUUAAGGUUUUGGAGUGGCCAAAUCAAAGUCUGGACUUAAAUCCGAUUGAGAUGCUGUGGCAUGACCUUAAACAGUCCUUUCAUGCUUGAAAACCCUUCGAUGUGGCUGAAUUAAAACAAUUCUGCAAAGAAGAGUGGGCCAAAAUUCCUCCACAGCGAUGUGAAAGACUCAUUGCCAGUUAUCGCAAACACUUGAUUGCAGUUGUUGCUGCAAAGGGUGGCACAACCAGUUAUUAGGUUUAGGGGGCAAGCACCUUUUCACACAGGGCCAUGUGGGUUUGGAUUUUGUUUUCCCUUCAUAAUAAAAAAAACUUCAUUUAAAAACUGCAUGUUGUGUUUACUUGUGUUAUCUUUGAUUAAUAUUUAAAUUAGUUUGAUCUGAAACAUUAAAGUGUGACAAACAUGCAAAAAAAUAAAAAAAAUCAGGAAGGGGGCCAACACUUUUUCACACCACUGUAGGUGCAUAACUAAAUUAACUUGCACACCAAGGCUUUUUAUAAUGUGACUAUAAGUCACUCUGCAUUAAACAUCUAAUGUGAUUUGUUAUUCAGCUAUAAUAUCAUGAAGACGAACUGUACUGUACUUGUAAAUUAGUUAACGUACUCGGUUACUGUCGUAACCUCGGUUCCCUGAGAUAUGGAACGAGUACUGCAUCUUGAUAAAGACGCAUAUGGGAAAAAGCCUUUUUUCUCCUGAACUGCAGCCUUAUUCAAUCACGCAGUGAAACUGCACGACUAUUGGUUUGUGCAGUGUGUAAAAAACAAACCAAUGGGUCGGCAGUGGAGCUGCACAAGCCUAUGGCGAGGAAGCCCGCCAGAGCCCGCCAGAAUGGGCAGAGCCAUCUGGCUAUAUAAGCGGCCGUUUCGCCAUAGGAUUCUCAGGUUACUUCGACUGAAGCGACGUCUGAAUCGUACAGCUACCUAGCACGGCAAAGUACGCAGUACUCGUUCCGUAUCUCAGGGAACCAAGGUUACAACAGUAAUCGAGUACGUUCCCUGUCGAUACGCCACUCGUACUGCGUCUUGAUAAAAACGCUUAUGGGAACUCAAUUCAAUCACGCCAUGCUAUGGUAGAGGAACGACUGUAUAAUAUACCUCCUUAAGCAUUCAAUGCCCAUAGGGAAGCAUAAUAGUAAACUCCAAGGCUAAAACGGGCUAAAAAUCAUAGAGGUUACGCCCGGCCUGGGUGAUCGUUCCAGAUAACUCUUACAUAUUCGGUAUUCCCAGGACCGAAAGUAUGCAAGCAACCAACCAGAGAGCUUGAGUGCAGUGUGGUCAAGGACUCUCUGUUAGUAUUGUUCCAGUGUUAAUUUCGUCGACGAAGACGAUGACGAAAAAUAUUCGUCGUCGACGAAGACGAUGACGAAAAAUAUUCGUCAACGAACCUUUUUUCUGUGACUAAGAUGAGACAUUGACGAGCUAAAACUAAUAUCUGAUGAUAAAAACUAUGACAAAAUUUAUGCCGUGUCUUCAUUAACAAGACGAGACGGGACUAAAAUGUUAUUUGAGGACUACCGGACAUUCAAAAUACAUCCUAUAGGCUAAGUUAACUGUCUUGUCUUUCAAAAUGUGCGUCUCUGUCAUUGGAUUACAAUGGGAUGAGGGUGUUUGUAUCUAGUCUCAGUAUGGCAGCCGCAGUGGACGGAUAGGCUAUCAAAACGCGAACUAGCCGAAAGGUUAGCGAUAGGGCGACCAGACGUCCCGUUUUUCCCAGGAGUCACAAUUCGUUGUCGAUUAACUUAAUGUUAGUGAAGGCGCGAUAGGCGGAAUCGCGCUGAUAGAAGUGCUCUCUCUCGCGCACACUCAGUCUCGGUUCAGUUCUCAGCACUCAAAUACACACACAGCAGUCCUGUGUCUAUCGUCUAGAAUCAGAGUAUCUCACAUAAAUACAGUCAGUUAUGGCUUAAGUGAGCGUAAAAAGGUGGGUGAAUGUGUCAGUAUUACAUGCAUGCCUUCCGUCUUAAAGGGACAUAUACAUAUAUUGAAUACUACAUAUAAAAUAGCUACCAAAAUAAAUGUUGUUAACUGCACUUUGACUAAAAGUUGACAAAAAUACAAUGACUUUUCGUCGACUAAAACUAUGAAAGACUCAAAUGAUUAAAAUGUGACUAAGACUAUUAAGCAUUUUCGUCUCAAGAUAAAGACGAAGACUAAAUCAAAAAUGCCUGCCAAAAUUAACACUGUAUUGUUCCCAUAUGCAAGUAUGCCCAUUUAAGCAGAGAGGACUCCGGCCUGUGAGGCCGGUGCGUCCAGGUUAUGAAACCUAGCAAAUGUGGAUGGACCUAGACAUGGCCGCUAGACCACGUCCACGACGAGGCGAUGCCUCUUGCGGAGUGGGCUCGUACUUCGAUGGGGCAUUGUAGGCCCAAGGACGAGUAUGCUAGCGUAGCGGCAUCCACUAACCAUCUGGAGAGUCUCUGCUUCAUAACCGGAAGCCCUCUGGCGCAGUUACCGAAGCUAACAAAGAGUUGUUCCGACCUCCUAAAAGGGUGGAUCGCUCAAAGUAGAUUCUCAAGGCUGACUGGGCAGAGCAAGGAUAAUUCCCGGUCCUCAUCAGAGGGAGGAAGCAAGGAGAGCGUGAUGACCUGAGCUCUGAAUGGAGUGGAAAGCACUUGGGCACAUCACCCUGCCUUGGUUUCAGUGUCGUUAGGCCCGAAUUCCAGGCAGGCAGGGCUAGUGGAGAGCGCCUGCAGGUCUCCUAAUCGCUUUACCGACGCUAGUGCUAAGAGCAGAGCAGUCUUUUAGCGACAGUGACCGAAGGGUAGUGGACUGUAGCGGCUCAAAGGGAGGGCCCUUCAGGGCUCUCAAAACCAUGGGCAAGUCUUAUGUAGGGACUGUGAGGGGCCGAGGCGGAUUCAGCCUCUUGGCACCCCUCAAGAAGCGGACAACAGAAGUGUUCCUGCCCAAUGAUUGACCUGCUCGGCCUCGCCAAAGAUCUCCUAAUUUCUCUGAACCAUCUGCGGAUGGAGAGUCCACUCCUCUGAGGGGACAUUGCUCCCGAGAUAACUUGUCCGCUCCCUGGUUCCAUUUGCCCGGUAUGUGCGCUGCUCUCAGCGAGCGUAGAUGGAGUUAUCAUUCCAGAAGGAGUUCGCCAAUCAAGGAUAUUAUAGUUUUUCAUUUUUAAAUUAGUUUUUAUUUUAAUAUCGUUUUCAAAUUUCCUAUAAUUUCAGUUUAGUUUUAGUUAGUUUCAUUAAUGGUUUUGUUAGUUUUAGUUUAGUUUUUAUUUUGUGAACACAUUUCUAUUUAGUUUUUAUAUAUUUUAGUUUCAGUUUUAGUUUUAGUAAUUAUAGUUUAACAGAGUUAAUGGAACACUUCCAGUGUAGACCAAACCAAAACAUUUAAUUUUUAGCAAAGUUGAAAGUUUGCAGUUUACAGUUUACAGUUAACUCUUGUGCAAACCUCUUAAUAAUGAAAAUAAAAUAAUUCUUUACAAUUCAACAAAAACCAAAAAUAUGCAACUUAUGUAUACAAUUUAUUAAUUCAUAUUCAUGUUCAUAUUCAUUCAUAUUAAAGAUGUAAUCUUGUUUAAUAUGCCAAUAGUUUACAAACAACAAGCUAAUCAAGGUUUUCAGAGUUAGACAGCAUCCGACAGUUGAGUAUUUAUCAGGGUUGGAGCUAAAUUCUGCAGAUCAAUGGCCCUCCAGUGCUGGAUUUGAGGAAACAUGCCCUGCAUCCCGAUGUAAAUACUAUCCACCCUAUCUGCCCUAAAUAGUAUUAAAAAUGACUAAUAUCACAUAUAAUUUAGCAUGGACAGUGUGCACAUUGGGACCCAGGCAUGUUCUUUGCAAUCAUCACUGAAACUCUGUAAACUUUAUUUUUGUCCAUCUGUGUUUUCAAUGCAUUAUUUUAUUGGAUUUUUUGCACAUAAGAGCCACCGGUGCGCACUACUGUAUGCCCCGUCUCCCUCUAUGAACGUACACAAUAAGAAGAAACAAUCUAAAAUGCUUUGAAACCUCAUACUACUCAAAAAUAAAUGCGAUAUGGUGAUUUAAAUGAUGUUUGCACUUUUUUUUUUGACGCGCUUCAGAUGAGCAACACAAUCAAUCCCAGUUCUAAAGCCCCUUUUACACAACACAGCAAGCGGUGAAAACAGCGCGAUUUUGGAUGCGUUUUAUACAGUCGAGGCGGUGCUCGUAUCAUGGACUCGAGGCGGACGUUACCAUAGUAAUCACAAAGCGUGACAAAAUGACUAUUCACUAAAGUCAGCUCAUCCAAAACUUUUAAUUCGGUGUCUGUUAACUCUCAUAACGCUCAUGUUGUUCUCGCACGUCAACCAUGCUUUUAAACGUUUGUGCGCUGUAAGGUGUGCAUUAUUAUUAUUUAUAGUUAUUUCCAUUUUAUAGCCCGCGUCUGGUUUUUAAAUGCAAAAACGCAUUCUCUGUGAAUAGCCGCUUAGGACGCAGCUCACAUGCGUGAAGCGCCAUCUAUUUCCCUAAACAACCACAGGUCCGAUUUUCUGACACAGAAUGAGAGCUUAUUAAAUCACGAACACGAUUAUUUAUUUUUGCUAAUUAUUAUUUUAUUUUCGUUAGUUUUCCCGUUACUGUUGUUAGUUUCGUUUAGUUUUAGUUUUUCAUUUAUUUAGAAAUUUAAAUUUUAUUUCAGUAUACAAAAAUGUUUUUUGACCAGUAGUUUUAGUCUUAGUUUCAGUUUUCGUUUACGAAAAUAACCUUGCUGCCAACAAAGCAAAGGCACUUCGAGGAGAGGCCUCCCUGGUGAUUUAUGUAGGACACCACAGACAUGCUGUCCAAGCAGAUUAGCACGUGGUGUCCCCUCAGGUCUGGCAGGAAGAACUGGCAGGCUCGACAUACUGCUAGCAUUUCCAAGCAGUUGAUGUAAAGCCUUUUCUCCGCUUUCGACCAAUGGCCGAAAGUCGGUCUGCCCUUGCACAGCGCCCCCCAACCUGUGUUGGAGGCAUCUGUCGUGACCUUUCUCCUGCAAACCGUUCCCAUGGCCAUGCCCCUUCCCCUCCAGUGAGGGUCUUUCCAGGGGGCUAGGGCUGUUACACAGGCCUGGCUCACCCUGAUACGCAGGCGUCCGUGACGCCAUGCAUGUGAUGGAACUUGUGAUUUCAGCCAGUGCUGGAGAGGUCGCAUGCGAAGCAGACCAAACUGUAGCGCUGACAAUGCUGCGGCCAUGAGGCCUAUCAUCUUUUGAGAUGCCUUGAGAGGGCAGGUGGCACCGAUCUCGAAGGAGGUCGCGAGUUCUCGCAUGGCCAGAGCAUGAUGUGGUGCGACUACGGCUCUCAUUUGAGUCGAGUCGAGAACUGUACCCAGGAACGAUAUUCGCUGGCUGGAAAACAGUGUGCUCUUGGCGAAUUUGACCCUGAGUCCCAGACGCUCUAGGUGGCUGAGAACAAGGGUUCUGUGCGAUAAUAGCUCCACCUUUGACUGGGCCAGAACGAGCCAGUCGUUGAGGUAGUUGAGAAUGCGGAUUUCCAUCUGUCUUAGAGGGAAAAGAGCCGCGUCCAUGCACUUCGUAAAAGUGUGGGGGGCCAGAAACAGUCCAAGGGAAGGACCGUGUAAUGAUAAGCCACCCUCUCAAAGGCGAAUCUCAAUAAUCGCCUGUGAUGGGGGGCUAUCUGGAUGUGAAAGUAUGCGUCUUUCAGGUCCAGAGAAAAGAAACAGUCCCCUUGGCAAUUUGCGAGAGGAUCUGCUUCAGCAUGAUCAUCCUGAACGACCUCUCAUAAGGGCGCGAUUCAGGUGCCUGAGAUUGAGGAUGGCCGGAGGCCGCCAUCCUUUUGGGGACGAGGAAGUAACGGCUGUAGAAGCCUGAUUCGCUCUGGGCUGGAGGGACCGUUCUACAGCGCCCUUUGCCAGCAAAGUCAUCACCUCGGAGCGCAGGACAUGUGGCUUUUCGCUCUGAACAGAGAUCGGAACCACGCCGCUGAAGCAUGGGGGUCUUUGCGUGAAUUGCAGUGAGUAACCUCGUUUUAUCAUCCCCAUAACCCAGUCUGACACUCCAGGGAUAGCCUGCCAGGCCUCGGCCCGUAUGGCUAGGGUUAAUCGUUUCGAGCAGCAGGUCGCCUGGCCGGGACCUGAAGCUCGUGAUAAGAGGGAGAGGAAUCUCUUGAAAAUGUUUGUGUUUUAUUUUCCUCGCCGUAACAGCGAUCAGUUGCGUGGCCGCUAUUUGAACAGGCCCAGUGUACACAACAGUAUUUAUCACAAACACAUUGCCGUCAGCACCCAGAGCUGAAUGGGGUGCUUUGAGGCAUGUAAGAUGCCGUUCGGAGGUUGCUAGACUCGAUGGUUUUGUAAUGAGAGCAUUCAGCCCCCGUGGCACGGCCCAGAAGCCUCUUCUUUCGAUCUGCCUAAAAAGUUCAAACCACUCAUUAGAAGAGGGGUAUUGAUUAUCAUUAUGUGUAAACCGCUUCAGAUCAAAAGUGCUGCGCGCAUCCUCUCAGAUCCGCUCGUAGCGGCCGAGGGGAGGGGCUGCCUUCAUUGAAGGCGGCGAGCCGUGAGCAAAGCAGAGCUAGACACAAACUCUCACGCUGACAGAUCAAAGAACUGAGUGGAGAGUGAAACGCAGGGCUGCGCCGCAUAAAUUCACUCAAGCUUGAUCGCUCAAACCUCGAGCUUGCAGUUUCUUCUCCGAGAUAACUGGGAGGGGAGAAACACUAGAGCAGGGGAGGCGGGGCCACCUUCAUUGAAGGGGGACCGUAAGCACAGCAGGGACAGACUGACACUUCCAUAAUGAAAGUAGCGCUGGCAGAUCAAAGAGCUGCAAGAGGCGCUAAUCCUUAAUGUAAACACACUGGCAGAUCAAAGUGCUGUGUGCAGAGUGAAACACACGGGGCUAUGCCAGCACGAAAAAUCACUCAAGCCUGAACGCCGCGAUUUUACCGUCUCUUUCUCCGAGGUGACUGGGAGAAGAGAAACGUGAGAGGCGGGGCCGCGCAGCAUUCUACAAUCCGCGCAGAAGGAUUGGGCCACUCUAUGUAAUGAGGGGCGUUAAUCCUCACGUGUUAACACAUGCACUGGCAGAUCAAAGUGAGCACUCGGGAUAUGCUGGCCUGCAGAUCACUCAAGCAUGAUCGCUCAGCCUCUCAAGCUCGCCGUUCCUGUCUCCAAGGUGACUGGGAGAAGAGAAACAUGAAAGCGGGGGAGGCGGGGCCUGCUAGAUAGAGGACCACGAGCGAAUCAGGAUGGAGUCCGGCUGAAAGCAGGCUGCCUGUGUGAGCACAGCUUCAGCAACGCACACACAGAGCUUUCCACUCCGAUCCGCCCAAGAGGAUAGAGCUGCUCAAUGAAUGAGGAGCUCUGAUUCUCACGUGUGAACACCGGCGGAUCAGAGCGCUGCGGGAGCUCCGUGGCUCUGAUGUUUCAUUCUCCGAGCUUUGCUGAGAGAGGAGAAACGGGAGAGCAGAGCUGCCUUCGUAGAAGGCGGUCAGCGAGCGGGGAAGAGCGAGACUCAUACUCUGAACGAGCAUUCCAUCUCGGUGAGCACGCAGUCUCUGUGUGGGCGUGACCUCACUGCUCUUCUGCAUGAGCCACACUUUGCUCUUUUUAGAUCACUCACCGGAAGGCGGCAGCGAACAGGACCGGAACUGCUGCGAUGCUGGAGUGCGAGGAAAAGGCGGCGGCUCAGCCUAGCAGAUUUGAGGUCGCUGGGUCCAGCUACGAGGCGUGUCAACAGUGAGUAGGCUUCUGGGAUCAGUGGAAACGAAGUCGUCGUCGCUGAAGGAGAAGAAAUCUGAGGAUCUUAUGGCGAAACAGCCACUUAUAUAGCCAGAUGGCUCCGCCCAUUCUGGCGGGCUUCGUCUCCAUAGGCUCGCGCAGCUCUGCUGCUGACCCAUUGGUUUGUUUUUUACACACUGCACAAACUAAUAGUCGUGCAGUUUCACUGCGUGAUUGAAUAAGGCUUCAGUUCAGGAGAAAAAAGGCUUUUUCCCAUAUGCGUCUUUCUCAAGAUGCAGUACGAGUGGAGUAUCGACAGGGAACAGUGAUUUAACGGAGUAGAAUUAGAGUUUAGAAUUUUGUAAUGAAGAUGUUGUAUACACAUUGUACAGUAGCUUUGUAAAUUAGUUAAAAGUGAUGCAACAUUUUAUUCUAAGCAGAAUAACAUUCUAAGCAGAAUUUAAGCUUAGAGUUGUGUGUAACUCCCUUAGUAUUACUGUAAACGUGUGGUGUUUUCUAUUUGCUUGAGUCUCUGUGAUCUUGCAUUGAAAUAAAACUCUUGCAUCUCCAAAGUUU